GGAAGAGGAAGAUAUUUAAGGUUGUGUUAACGUUUUAGCAUUCCUAAUAAACAAUUUAUUAUAUACAUGGGGCAUAUUUUUAAUACAUAAAAAUAUUUACUGAUUUGGAUUUUUUUUAUUUAACAUGGCAUUAGUAUCAUAUGAUUACGACAGUGAUAGUGAAAAUGAAGUUGUGAAGGAAGAAGUAAUAGAUUUGUCAGCUAAAAUCAAAGUCAAUUCCAUAGCUUCGAUAUCCCAAACUGAUUCUGCAGAAGAACGUUCUAACAAAGAUACAGAACCUCUCUUUGCAACUUUACCUUAUAGUAAAAAUAUUGUUAAAAAUUUUCCAGAAGAACAAAUAGAAGAUUUUAUUCCAAAAUCAAAACCGAUUCGUAAGGAUAAAGAAAAAGUAAAAAUUACUAUACCAUGCUUAUCUGAUUUCAAUGAUGUUAACGAUGACGAACCUCAAAUAAAGAAGCAAAAGCAGUCUGUCAAAGGCAGUAGUUUGAUAUCACUUCUUCCUCCAGUAAAAGGCUCAGUUACAACAGCUAAAAGUUUUGUACCGACAGCCGUAAAUAAAAAAAAUAUUAAAGAUACUACUAAAUGUAGUACUCUUAUACCGCAUAAGGUAAGGAAAAAAGUUGAGACAAAUCAAAUGGGCAUAUUACGAAAAAAGGGGCAAAACAAAGAACAGGACAAUGAUGCAGAAAGUGAUGAUGAUAUAGAAAUGCCCGAAACAUUUGACGAUGAAAUGUGGAAAAAAAUUUGCGGGCGGCCAAAAGUUAAACCUGUAGUACAUGAGCCCGAGUGGUUACAUGAUGAAAUAAUAAACAUCGCCCCUGAAGCAGAGAAACCUUACAACGGUUUGGACAACCAAGCCUUUAAGGAACUGGUUGGUAGAAAUAAGAGACCAAUUGGCAACAUUAAACUCAUCGAUAUAAAUGAAGAGGAAAUACUACCUGAAAAGGAUAUUUGGAUGGCAAAGUCACUGACAGAUCCUGAAAUGGCAUCCAAACCAAAAAUAGAAGACCCCGUGGAUCCCACUAGGAGGAAGAAACAUCAUAUAACUUACUUAGCGCAACAAGCAAAGGCUAAUGAACAGGAGUUGCAGAAUGCUUGGGCAGCCAGUAAGAAUAGUAGAUUGGCUUCCAGGGCAAAGUAUGGCUUUUAGUGUCAAGUAACAACGUGCGUCAAUAGUUUUUUAUUAUAUAAUAAAAUCUUUGUACAUGAUAAUCCAAAUGUAGGUCUUUUAUCCAUAUAUGUUAAAAUUUGACCAUUUCUAUACCUACACAUAAUGUCACUAAGGGAAAUAAACAUAUUAUUAUUAUUA